AUGAUCGAGUCCUUGGACAAAGAGCUCGAUGGUGGGGGUGAUGAACCGGAGCCAGGCCCGUUACAUGGAAUCCGUGUUCUUGAUCUGACACGCGUCCUUGCUGGACCUUAUAGCACACAACUACUGGGCGAUCUCGGUGCAGAGGUCAUCAAGGUCGAGAACCCCAAGGGUGGGGACGACACCCGUGCGUGGGGUCCACCCUUUGCGACGAAUUUGGAUGGCUCCACGACCGAAAGUGCCUAUUUCCUGAGCGUGAACCGGAACAAAAAAUCGAUCACGGUCAAUAUCCGGUCCGAGGCCGGUAAGAGACUGAUUCACGAACUGGUGAAGGAGGUCGAUGUCUUUGUCGAGAAUUACAUCCCCGGUAAACUGGCGAAGAUGGGACUUGGGUACAAAGCCUUGAGGGCUAUCAACCCUAGACUUGUUUAUGCAUCCAUCACAGGAUAUGGACAGACAGGACCAUAUGCUGGCAGGCCUGGAUACGAUGUCAUGAUCGAGGCCGAAGCCGGACUGAUGUACAUCACUGGUGAAGAGCAUGGCCCUCCAGUCAAAGUCGGAGUAGCGGUUACUGAUCUCACAACGGGACUUUACGCCCAUGCGGGUAUCUUAGCCGCUCUGUUUGCCCGGAACCGAACAGGCCGCGGACAGCACGUGGACUGUUCUCUCCUCGAGUCCCAAGUCGCGACUCUAGCCAAUAUCGGAAGUUCAUACCUGAUUGCCGGUCAGGAGGCCAAGCGUAUGGGCACAGCUCACCCAUCGAUUGUUCCAUACCAGGUGAUCCAGACCCGAGAUUCACACAUCAUGAUCGGUGCCGGCAACGAUGGACAAUUCAGUACCCUGUGUAAGGUGAUGCAGCUCGACUCCCUGGCCCACAAUCCUCUUUACAAGACCAACCGCGACCGCGUCGCAAACCGAGAUGAGCUGAUCAGGAUCCUGACGAACCGACUCAGGUCUGAGAACAACGCGUUUUGGAUCAGGGCUCUGGAGGGCAAAGGCGUGCCGUUCGCGCCGAUCAACAACAUUGGGCAGACAUUUAAGCACCCGCAAGUGCUGGCUAGAGACAUGGUCCAGGAGAUUGACCACCCUACAGCGGGGAAAAUCAAGUUGACGGGCCCGCCUGUGAAGUACUCGGAUACGAAGGCCAGUAUCAGGGGCCCUCCACCGCUGCUCGGACAGCAUACGGACGAGGUGUUGAGGGCCGUGUUGGGAUAUGAUGAGGGUAGGAUCCAGGGCCUGAAGGAGGCAAAGGCUAUUUGA